AUGGGUUUCCGCAAGAGCAAAAAAGAUGAGAAGAAACCCAUUAGUGAGGAAGAAGAGCAAGCAAAGAAAGUUCCAGUCACGCAGUUGUUCCGCUAUGCUAGCUGCAAAGAAUUAAUUCUGCUCUUCAUUGGAAUUGGAGUUUCACUCGUUACCGGCGCCGGAUUGCCACUGAUGUCCAUUCUUCAAGGCAGGAUAACCCAAGCUUUUGUCUAUGAACAGAUGUACAAAACCAACACAACACCAGGACCAGAUUUUCACUAUAACGACACGAAUUUCACUCAUGACGUUAUGAACGCGGUUUAUGGUUACACAGCUAUGGCUGUCGGAAUUUUCUUGGCAGCUAAUGUUCAGGUGACAUGUUUCCUGAUUGUUUGCGAACAAAUGAGCAAUCGAAUUCGUCGAAGAUUUGUCCAAGCCAUUCUGCGGCAAGAUAUCUCAUGGUUUGAUAAGAAUAACAGUGGCACGUUAGCCCCUAAACUGUUUGACAAUUUGGAACGAGUCAAGGAAGGCACAGGAGAUAAGAUUGGCCUCAUGUUUCAGUAUACUAGUCAAUUCUUCACUGGCUUUAUAAUCGCUUUUACCCACAGUUGGAAGCUAACGUUGGUAAUGUUGGCUGUAACCCCAUUACAAGCACUCUGCGGUUUCGGAAUAGCCAAGUCCAUGUCUACAUUCACCAUACAAGAAACCAUAAAGUACGCCAAAGCGGGAAAAAUUGUCGAGCAGGCGAUUUCUUCCAUUCGCACUGUGUGCGCACUCAAUGGAUUACCGUUCGAAAUUGCCAGGUACAAGGUAGCUCUUCUGGAAGCUCGCCGAGCUGGUAUUAUGAAAAACUUAUUUGUCGGUAUUUCGUUCUGCUGUAUGGGUCUGGUGAAUUUUUCAUCCUUCUCUUUGGCUUUCUACGUCGGGAUCACCUGGGCUGUCGAUGGUCAAAUUCAAUUGCAAGAUCUUUUAACGACUUUCUUCUCUGUGAUGAUGGGUUCAUUAGCUUUGGGUCAGGCCGGUCCACAAUUUGCCGUUUUGGGAGCAGCACAAGGCGCUGCUGCGAGUAUAUAUGAAGUUCUCGACAGGGUGCCAGAGAUAGACUCAUCAAGCAAAGCAGGUCGCCGUGAUCUAAAAAUUAAAGGCAAUAUUGAGGUCAAAAAUGUUGUGUUUAACUAUCCAUCUCGACCUGAUGUUCAGGUCCUCAAAAAGCUGUCACUGAGCGUAAAAGCUGGAGAGACUGUGGCACUUGUAGGCUCUAGCGGUUGUGGCAAGAGUACCAUAGUCAGCUUGCUUCUACGAUACUAUGAUGUGCUUUCAGGAGAGAUAACCAUUGAUGGCGUGGCUCUGAAGCAAAUCAACAUAGAGUACCUUAGAAAUCACAUAGCUGUUGUAUCACAGGAGCCAAUCCUUUUCAAUUGUUCCAUCGAAGAAAAUAUACGGUAUGGAAAACUCGAUCUUACCCAACAAGAACUCGGAUACCAGACUCUCGUCGGCGAUAGAGGCACCCAGCUGUCAGGAGGACAAAAACAACGUAUUGCUAUCGCCAGAGCAUUAGUUCGAGAUCCGAAAAUUCUGCUUUUGGAUGAGGCCACAAGUGCGCUAGAUGCGGAAAGUGAAUCAGUGGUACAGAAGGCCUUGGAGAGGGCAUCAAUCGGUCGUACAACAAUAAUCAUCGCCCAUAGGCUGUCAACAAUCAAAAAUGCCAAUAAGAUUAUAGCCAUGAAAGCAGGUGAAGUUGUGGAAUUUGGAACCCACGAUGAGCUUCUAGCCAAGAAGGGGCUUUAUUAUGACUUAGUCAAUGCCCAAACAUUUACAGAUGCCGUCGAUAAUGUCGUAGCUCAUGACGAAGAAGAGGAUUACAAAGAGGACAUGAGACGCGCGAGUCUUGUUUCGAGGGAAAUUUCCAUUCAGACUGUCAACGAUAUGCAGAUUCGGAUGCGUGGUGCAACUGUCAUGACCAUGGAGGGACAAGAACAAGAGGAGACAAAGGAGAAAAAAGACGAUAUAACACGAUUGAAAAAAGAACUGAAGGACGAAGGUGUAAAGAAGACAAACCUCUUUGAAAUCCUCUCUUAUGCUAAACCCCAUUGGAAACCCCUUACGGUUGGUUUGGUCGGUUGUACUAUAGGUGGACUCGUUUACCCGGCGUAUUCGAUUAUCUUCAUGCAAGUAAUCACGUCUUUCUCGAACACAGCAACUCUGCUCUCAACUGGUCAUUUUUGGGCUCUCAUGUUUCUCGUUUUGGCUGUCGUACAAGGAGCUACACUGUUUUCACAGACAUUCUUCAUGGGCCUUGGCUCAGAAUAUCUCACUAUGGAUCUGCGUUCGAAAUUAUUCACCAAUAUACUCUCCCAGGACAUGGCCUACUUUGAUUCGCCCCUACAUGCUUGCGGUAAAAUUUGUACUCGGCUUGCUAGUGAUGUGCCAAAUCUUAGAUCGGCCAUCGACUUUCGACUUACUACUGUAAUCGGAACACUCAUCUCCGUGGUUGGUGGUAUCGUGCUUGCCUUUAUUUAUGGUUGGCAAAUGGCAUUUUUAGUAGUGGGUAUAUUGCCACUGUUAGCAUUUGGACAAGCUCUUCGAGUGCGUGUCUAUAGUGGAAAACAUCGCAAAGGUGCGAAAGAUUUCGAAGAUUCUGGAAAGGUAGCUAUGGAAGCUAUUGAACAUGUGCGCACGGUACAAGCCCUCACUAAAGAAGCGGCUUUCCACGAGAAAUUCUGUCAUUAUCUGGAAGGGCCUCAUAAGGAUGCGCUGAGAGAAUCUGUUAUUCAGGGCAUGGCAUAUGGUUUCGCGUCAUCUGUCGUUUACAUACUGAAUUGUUGCUCAUAUCGCCUUGGACUUUAUCUCAUCGUGCAAAGCAUCAUGUUACCAAUAAGGGUAUUGCGAGUCAUGUAUGCCAUCACAAUCUCCUCCACGACGCUUGGUUUUGCUUCAUCAUACUUUCCGGAAUAUAUGAAAGCCACAUUUGCUGGCGGUAUCAUCUUCAAUAUGUUAAAACAAAAGACUAAAAUUGAUAAUCUGUCUAAUGAAGGGAAGAAAGAGAAACUCUCUGGAGCAGUCACGUUCAAAAAUGUGAGGUUCUCCUAUCCAGAACGGCCUCAGUUGGAGAUAUUGAAGGGUCUCUCCUUCACUGCCAGACCUGGUGAGACCUUAGCCUUGGUGGGCCCUUCUGGAUGUGGUAAAAGCACCGUCGUGGCCCUGAUCGAGAGAUUUUACGACGUAAAGUCAGGACAAGUGCUGCUGGACUCUCACGAUAUCAGAACUCUUAAUCCAUACCAUACUCGUUCACAAAUAGCUAUAGUUUCACAAGAACCCAUUCUUUUUGAUUGUUCUAUUGCUGACAAUAUUGCCUAUGGAUUGGAACGACGCCCAUCACAAUCAGAAAUAGAAGCUGCUGCUAUGAAAGCUAAUAUUCACAGUUUUAUCGCUCAACUACCUGAAGGCUACAACACUCCGGUCGGAGACAAAGGAACGCAACUGUCUGGAGGGCAAAAGCAACGCAUAGCAAUUGCCAGAGCUCUGAUUAGGAGCCCUAAGAUUCUACUACUGGAUGAGGCGACAAGCGCUUUGGAUACCGAAAGCGAAAAGAUUGUACAAGAGGCACUGGAUCGAGCACGUGAAGGUCGGACUUGUAUCGUGAUAGCACACCGUUUGAGUACAAUCGUCAAUGCGGACCAAAUUGCUGUCGUAAAUGGAGGAUCUCAUAGUGAACUAAUGGCCAGGAGAGGGGCUUACUACGAUUUGACUCAAAAGCAGACAACGAAGACGUAA